AUGGGCAAGCAGACAAAGGCUACGAAAAAGUUCGAGAAGAACCGCCUCAAGGACACGAUCGAACGACGCAAAGAGUUUGCCAAAGUCAAACAGCGGCACCAGCAGAAAGAGAAAAGGAAACAAAAAGCUGCGCUGAGGUCAAAGGAGGAGGAUGAGAGAGCGGAGUCGGAUCUUGAAGUCGGCGAUAAUGGAGCCGAGACUAUGAAUGAGGAUGACUUCUUCCAGGACACCGUUGAUAUACCAGAGCACGAGACUCAGUCUCUAAAGAGCAAGGGCGGAAAGCGGAAAAGAGAGAAGACCACUGACGAGCCCUCGGAUCUUGACGACGACUUCUCAGGAGAUGAGUCUGGGGACCAUAAAACUCAACUGGCUGCGUUGGCCGAGAAAGACCCCGAAUUCUACAAAUACCUGCAGGAAAACGAUGCAGAGUUGCUAGAAUUCGACGAAGACGACGAUCUUGCAGGAGUUGAUGACCUGAGUGAAGAGGAGCCUCCAACAAAAAAGCAAAAGACAAAGGGGUCGCAGAAAGACGACCCCGAGACAGCGGGUGAUGUUACUCUGGCAAUGGUAAAGAAGUGGAAAACCUCCUUGGCCGAACAAUUCUCCAUAAGAGCUCUCAGACAAGUGGUGCUGGCUUGCCGCGCUGCGGCGCACGCGGACGAUGAAGACGACAAAGUCUUCAGAUACAAUAUUUCGAGUCCAGAGGUGUACCACGAGGUUCUCAUAACGGCACUCAAGCAGGUCCCCCAAGUGUUGUCACACCAUCUUCCAGUCAAGGAGUCCGCUGGCGGCAAGCUGCGCAUACCGACAGAUUCGCCCAAGUUCAAGACGCUUGCACCAUUGAUCAAAUCACACGCCUCCUCUCUACAUUACUUGCUCAAGAAUUUAUCAGAUACAAAGACAUUGAGGUUGACCCUCGAGUCCUUCGAGCCGCUCCUCCCGUAUCUCCUCCAAUUUCGCAAAUUUUUGAAGGUUCUUACGAAAGCUGUCGCAUCUGUCUGGUCCGACAAUUCCUCUGACGAAGCAACAAGAAUUACCGCUUUCCUCGUUAUUCGCCGAUUAAUGGUCAUUGGUGACGCUGGGAUACGCGAGGCUGUCUUGAAGGCGACGUAUGAGGGCGUUGUCAAGGGCAGCCGAAACACAACAGUUCACACCCUUGCAGGAAUCAACUUGAUGAAAAACUCGGCAGCAGAAAUUUGGGGCAUCGACCAAAAGGUCAGCUACACUACAGGCUUCACGUUCAUCCGCCAACUUGCCAUUCACCUUCGGGGCAAUAUCACCAAACCGACCAAGGAUUCAUACAAGACGAUAUACAACUGGCAAUUUGUUCACUCUCUUGACUUCUGGUCUCGGGUACUGUCCGGCCACUGUAACUCGCUUCUGGAAGCACAGAAUGGCAAACCCUCCCAGCUACGUCCUCUCAUCUACCCCGUGGUGCAAGUCACUCUUGGCGCACUGAGGUUGAUACCGACCUCCACAUACUUUCCUCUUCGAUUCCAACUGAUGCGGUCAUUGCUUCGUAUCUCACAAGCUACCGAAACAUACAUACCUUUGUCGGCGGCUCUUUUGGAGGUCUUGAAUUCGGCAGAGAUGAAGAAACCUGCAAAAGCUUCCACACUGCGUCCUUUGGAUUUUGCAUCGAACAUCAGGGCGCCAACAUCCCUUCUGAAAACGAAAGUGUACCAAGACGGUGUCGGCGAACAGGCUGUAGAGUUACUAUCCGAAUUCCUUGUGUUGUGGACGAAGAGCAUUGCAUAUCCCGAGCUUCAGUUGCCAGUCGUCAUUAUGUUGAAGCGGUGGCUCAAAACAGCUUCAAAGCCCACCGGAAACAAGAAUGGCAAGCUCAAUCAGGCACUUCUUGUGCUAGUCCAAAAGUCGGAGGCCAACGCUAAAUGGAUCGAGGAAAGGAGGACCAACGUCAACUUCUCGCCCAAGGAUCGGACGGAGGUGGAAGCGUUUUUGAAAGACGUGCAAUGGCAGGACACUCCUCUCGGGGCAUUCGUUGUCUCACAGAGAAAGUUGCGGGAAGAGAGGAGAAAGGUGUUGGAGCAGGGGAGAAAGGAGCAAGAACGACGAAAGGCUGCGGAGGAAGAGGCUGCCGAUAGUGAUAUUGAGAUUGCUUGA